AUAUCUGGCCCUCCCCCCGGGCUCGAAUGUCCGUACCUGCUUGUCGAAAUCAUUUUUAUGUUUAGGUGCACUGAACCCCCUUUUCCACUCCCGCCCUCUCUUUGCUUCCUGCUUCGUCGACCCUCGGCGCAGCUUCCCGUCUAGCCUGCCCACCAACGAGCACAACGCCGGCACAGCACAGCACAUCACAACAGCACAGCUCAGCACACACAGCACAGCGCGCUGGCACAACGGAGCUCUCCCACACACCAAACUGCCCUCCUGAAACCAGAUACAUCAUCUGUUAGUCGAGGUCAGACCUCGAGACCCAGCCACCACGCAUAACGCAAAGAGAUCCGCGCAGCGAUCCACGAAGCAAAGAUGCACGCCAGGGACGCGUCAGGCCGGCAGGUUUCGCUGCUAAACGACGACUCGAGCGCGCCCGCACAUGACGUCUAUUCAAUGCCGCAGAGGUUAUCCUACACCACCGCCAGCCACGUCGUCUCCCAGCCAUUCUACCCCUCUCUGGCUAGGAGUGCCUCUUCAUCUCCCAACGCGCCGCACCUGCUCCGCUCCGACUCGUACGACUCGCAGGCCAGCAGCGAGCCGCUGUCUCCGGUGACGCCCAACGUCAUGUAUGCCGACUACGGAGCCCACACGGCCGUCUACACGCCCGAUACGCCGUACGACGACUACCUGCCCGACGCGCCGCAGGUGCAGGGUUUUAAGCGGCCCGCCGCCUUCGGGGCCGGCAGCAGGACUUCCUCGUACGAGGAUGACUCGGCCGACAGCGCCGGGGCCGCCGCCCCGACGGACAGGUCCGGGAAGCGCUACCCAUGCCGGUACCGCGACAGCCACGGCUGCGAGAAGACCUUCACAACCUCGGGCCAUGCGUCACGGCACUCAAAGAUCCACACUGCCGAGAAGGCCGUCCAGUGCACCCACCCCGGGUGCUCCAAAAAGUUCACGCGCGCCGACAACAUGAAGCAGCACCUCGAGACCCACUACAAGGACAGGAGCCGGACGUCGGCCUCGAGGCCCUCGGUCGCCGCGCGCCGCUCGAGCUCCUCGAGCAAGCACGGGUCCGGCAGCGGCGGCCACAAGCGGGUCGACAGCAACACACCCCUGCCCUCGCCCGGGAUCCCCGGAGGCGCCUGGGACAUGAGGGGGUUGAACCUGCCGCUGCUGCACCGCCCAAGCCCCAUAACCAACCCAAGCUGCGGGCUCGACGCCUUGGCCAUGGCCAUCGCUUGUCAGGAGGGCGCCUAGGUGCCUUUUGCGCCUUUUUUUUGCGUCUCUGCUUAUGUCCAUCCAUGGCUUGUUGCAAGCGGCGGUUCAGCUGAUUGGUUCCUCACCCCACCACCAUCACCACCGCCGCCCUCCUACCUCCCGUCGCAGAACGAACCAAGGCAGACACAUCUUCAUCAACCGCAAUCACAACCGCGACCACAACCGCAACUACAACCGCAACCUGCCAUAAUUUCCUAUUUCCCAAGCCAUUUUCUAUCUCACGUGCCAACAACCUGAUGAUGGCAGCACUACACAGCGGAUUUUCUACUCUACUUUCCUCUUAUUCUUCCUCUGAUUUCCACGCUACUUCACGGUACACGGCGUUCGCGCAUGGCUCUCUGAGAGGGCCAGCAGGGAAUGGAUUGGCUUUUGGGGCAAAAACGGCUCUGGUGCACGCAUACGAUACGCACUUGGGCAUAGAAUACACGAGGACACUUGGGCAAUAAGCACACAUUGGGAUGGUGCAACGGUUUUUAUUUCUGCUUUUUUUCUCUCUCUGUUGGUGGCUCACCUGGCCUCUUCUUCUCUUCUCAUGUUUCUUUUUCUUUUUCCCUUUUUUUUCUCUUCAACCUGUCGUAUAUGGGAUUUUGGCUUCCUCACAUUUCAGCAUCAUACCAAAGGAUAUACACGGCGCCUUUGACAAGUUUUAGUGGGGGUUAUACCAAAAGGAAACGGGCACAGGUUGGGUCAAGGGACAUAUACACGGCGCCUUUGAUUUUCCCACACCUCGGAAAGGGUGGAAGUUGGGGACGGCUGACGGGUUCUCUCGGAGCCGGGCACUUGCUAGGUGGGAGUGGAUUUCGCCAUCCAUAGGAUAGCUAGCUACCUAAGCAUACAUAUCACCACGAGGCGGAGCUUUUGGAAGCGGGAAUGAAAACUCAUCUGUUCCCCAUAGACCCUGGGCGAUCCAGUCUGCUGAUGCGAUAGUGAAUAAGCAUGCGCGUGUGC